UCGUGGACAGAAUCCUUCUUGCAGUGCAGUAUCGAGAUAAGUAACGUUGUGACUCAUGAGCGAAGAUGUCUGUGGUGGCGUUCGCUGUGACAAAGCAACACACGAGGCCCUAUGAUGGCCAGAAGCCGGGUACCUCUGGGCUGAGGAAGAAGGUGACGGUUUUUCAGCAGGAAAACUAUCUCCACAAAAUUUUGUCCAGCAGGAAAACUAUCUCCACAAAAUUUUGUCCAGGCGACAUUCAACGCUCUUCCGGCGGAAAAGGUAGAGGUUCGACGCUUGUUGUCUCAGGCGAUGGGCGAUACUUCUUAAAUGAUGCGAUUUUGAUUAGUGUGAAGAUAGCAGCUGCAAAUGGGGUGGGUAGGAUUUGGAUAGGGAAGGAUGGGUUGUUGUCGACCAGUGCGGUGUCUGCAGUGAUUCGAAACAGAACGACACCAGAGGGGGGUAAGGCGUAUGGAGCUUUCAUCCUCACGGCUAGCCACAAUCCUGGAGGUCCAGCGGAGGACUUUGGAAUAAAGUAUAAUUGAUUGAAAGACGUUGCGAGGAGCAUGCCGACUUCCGGCGCUUUGGACGUCGUGGCCAAGGCUGCAAACCUCACGUUCUUCGAGGUUCCUACGGGGUGGAAGUUCUUUGGAAACCUGAUGGAUGCGGGCCUCUGGUCGAUCUGUGGCGAAGAGAGCUUUGGUACGGGAUCGGAUCAUGUGAGGGAGAAGGAUGGGAUCUGGGCGGUGCUGGCGUGGCUGUCCAUCCUGGCGCAUUUGAACAAGGGGGCAGGCAGAGGGAAGAACCUGGUCACAGUGGAGGAUGUGGUGAGGAGCCACUGGGCUGUGUACGGGGGGCAUUACUACACCCGGUAUGAUUACAAGGGAGUGGACAGCGAUGCUGCACAUUCGUUGAUGAAAGGUCUUGUUCAGCAGCAGGCGAGUCUUGAGACUGAACAAGGCCUUGUCGAGCAUUAGGUCUGAUGUGUCAGAAAUAGUUGGCGCCGACGGGUUUGAAUACAAAGAUCCGGUCGACAGCAGCAUCUCAAGCCACCAAGGU